GAUCCGAAGGGAAGACGUAGAGGGGAACUGGAGAACUGUAGCCCGAGGAGCACACUCGUGAGGAUGAUUCCUGAGAGCAGAACGGAGAAGCAAAAUCAGCGUGAUCAAGCCAAGAAUUGAUGGAGGAAAGAGAGUGGGACAUUGGAUAUAAGUGGACAAAUACCAAAAAAGUAAAAGGGUGUAAAGAAUUUUAGCGGCUGGCUCCCCUCACCAGGGAUGGACUGGGCCCAGAGAAAUGUGGAAAAUCAACGGGUUUGGGUCGUGGAACAGGUCGCCUGCCCCUCACCACCCACCCCCGAGCGUUGGGCCUCAUGCUUUUGGCUCCAGAACUCCCAGCCAGGAGGGCAGAUCGCAAGUUGAUCGUUUCAUUAUUGAUCACAAUAAUAAAUCAACAAAUAUUAUGUAAAUAUUCAAAUCAGGAAGAUGAAACCACACAGCAGCUUCAGCUGAGCUGUCCGUCUGCAGCAGCAGUCUUCUCUGUGAGCUGCAGGGGCUGAUGGGAGCUUGGAGGAGGAGUCCCAAAGAACGUGGUCCUGCUCUCAUCUCACAGCUCUCAGGUCCUUCUUUGUCCUCAGCUGCAUCAGAACACCACUUCUCCUCAGGUUGAGCAGAGGAAACACGGCUGAACAAAAUGCUUUUCCUCCCAGCUGCUGCUCUGUGCUGUCUGUGUUCAGCCCUGGUUGCCAUGGCAGCAGACCUGAUUCAGGAGGAUUUAACAUUGACGAGAAAAGUUGGUCAAAGUGUCUCUUUCAGUUGUGGAACUGAGCCAUGUAAUUAUAUCUACUGGGUCCAGAAGAAAGAAAGAGAAACAUUACGAGUGGUUCUUGAAUUUUCCGAAAGUAAUGCUAAAAUAUAUAAAAGUAAUGAUCAUCCUCAGAAAGAUGAUUUCACAGCUGAAAAAACCCAGAGUGGAUGUGAAUUGAAGAUCAAUAAAGUCAAAGUGGAUCAUUCAGCCUCCUACUACUGCAGCUGUUUUUGUAGCACACUUUCUCACUGUGUGUCAGGGGAUUACUACAUCUUUGGAUCUGGAACUAGACUGUUUGUAACGGAUAAGCCCGUGUUGAAGCCCGUGGUGAGCGUGUACCCAGCAGCAUCCAGAGUCCAUGUGGAGGGGAGCAGCUCCCUGCUGUGUCUGGCCUCAGCCAUGUUUCCUCCUGUGGUCCAGUUCUCCUGGAAAAGACAGAAGAACAACGGAACACUGGAGAAACUGACCUCUGAAGAGCAGCUGGAUCUCAGAGAGUCGGGACACAGCGCCUCCAUCCUGUUGCUCCAUCAGCAAGAGGACAGCUCCUAUAAAUACAGCUGCUCCGUCAAACAUGAGGGGGGCACAGUGGAGGCCCAAACACAACAAGAGUUGCCUCCACUUCCAGCUGCAGUUUCCACAGCAGCUCCAAAAGCCCCAACAUCUCGUCCAGCAAUUGUCAACAUUCUGACAACAGUCACAGCCUCUGUUCCUCCUCUGGACCUGGUGAAGCUGUCCUUCCAGUCAGAGUCCAGGGUGAAGCUGCUCUGCCUGCUGUACUCAGUGCUGAUAGUGAAGAGUCUGGUGUACUGCUGUGGACUCUCUCUGCUGAUGAUCCUCAGAAACAAGGGAGCAUCCACCAACUCCAGACAUGCUGAAUGACUGUUUUCUGCUCGUCUUUUCUCUCCAUCAACUCUCAUGCUUUCAUCUCAUUCAUCACUUUUCAUCACUGUUCCAUUUAAAAAUUAUGUUAAAUGCAAUUGUGAAAUUAUUUUACGAUGAUAUGCAACAAUAUUCUCAAUAAACUCAAAAACAAUCUGC